UAGUAUUCUGUAGUAUAAUUCAGGGUCCACAAUAUCUUUGUAAUUAAGUGCAGGUGCAUCAAGCAUGUGGGCAGUUGUUUGGCUUGAUCAAAAGACUAUAAAAAAAUUGAUUUUGUAUUUUGUUGGCCUAUACUUUUAUUGUCUUCUUAAUGUGGUUGCAAAAUGUACAAUGGUUAAGCCCGAGACGAAUAAAUAUAAAAUAUGUUGCAUGCAUCUUUUUACUAAAUUGUGUGUAAUUUAUCUUUCAGUUGUCGAUUUGCAGUUCAGAGUUAGCACGUGUGUCGGUGUGUGUGAACUGAACUUGUAACGAUAACAUCAUCGAGUACCAUUAUUUCUUAGGUGGAACAGCUGCACAGGAUUUUCAAGCUAUGUGGUUCUCCUUCAGAAGAAUAUUGGAAAAAGUCAAAGCUACCACAUGCAACCAUAUUCAAGCCCCAGCAAGCAUAUAAAAGAUGCAUAGCAGAGACAUUUAAAGACUUUCCCCAGUCGUCCCUUCCAUUAAUCGAUACUCUCCUCGCAAUUGAUCCAGCUGAGCGUCGAACUGCAACGGCUGCAUUAAAGAGUGAAUUCUUCACAACCAUGCCUUAUUCAUGUGAUCCUUCCAGCCUUCCAAAGUAUCCGCCGAGUAAGGAGAUUGAUGCAAAGCGUCGGGAUGAAGAAGCUAGAAGGCUAAGAGUUGCUGGUAAAGCCGGUGCAGAUGGUGUAAGGAAAACACGUCAACGUGAUCGAGCAAGGGCAAUCCCUGCUCCUGGCGCCAAUGCUGAGCUACAAACAAAUAUUGAUGUAUGUAUAUUAUCAACCUGGAAUUUUAUGUGCAUCUGUAUAAUAUGGAUACCGACGUUUAGAAAGGGUGAAUUUGUACCAAGGCAUUUUACCUCUGUUAAGUGA